GACUUCAAGUAUAAAUAAGCAUCAUGUAGAACUAGAUGAGGCCACAUUGCCCAUCAGUCAAUAACCCUAGAAGAAGAAAGAGCACAGAAAGUUAGAAUUAGCCACAAUGCAAGACACCAAAAUCGAAUCAUACUUUGUUUUCAUGAACUACGAUCCUCAAUACGAACGCCUUCGAGCUAAUCGAACAAAGAGAGGGACAAAUGAGCUUGAUUUGUAUCUAAGCCGGAAGCAUGACCAGUUGUUGGCAAGAACCCUUGAGCCAGGAAGCUACAAGAAGACAUUGUCUCUGGUCAUCGUUGAUGGGUUUGCUGUGGAAAUUACUGAUGACCAGGCCAGUGUUCUUAGAUCUGCAAAAGAAGUGAGACUUGUGGAGAAAAAUCAAGAGCUUGCUUAAUGUAGCAGACAGCAGAUCAGAAGAGGUUCGUACGAGGGAUUAGUUCUAUGGCUGUAGGUUAAUUUGGGUGUGAUUAGGGUUAACUUCAAGAUUAAGUGCUGGUAAAAUCUAGGAAAAUAUGUGAACUCGACCAAUUUAGGGAUGCUAUUAUAAAUAAUCAUCCUUGGAUCC